CUGAUUUUCGAAUUUGUAUAUAUAAAUUGAAAUAUUUAAGGUACUUCUUACUAUACACAUAUUAUCCUACCAUUUCUGGGCUAUAGCCAUCAACGUUUUUCAUCAUAUUAGAAGAGUGUAAUAGCUAAACUACAACCAGUUCGUAUAUCAAUCGCACCCCAUCCCACAAUCAUACUCCAUAUUUAUCAAUUGCCUGUAUCUCCAGAAUUGUAUCUGAUUACGUAGUCAAUUGAAUUCAAAUAAUUCACAUUCUUUUCAUAAAUAUUACUUGAUACAUAUUCAAAUCCUAUAACAUAAUACAACAAUGCUUUCCCGUUCAUUAAGAUUUGCUUCUAGACAAACUAGAUUAUUAUCUACUUCUAGAAUUGCUUUCUCUGCUCCACUUAAAUUUGAUGGAAAGACUGCUUCUGACUUAUCUGAAGUUACCGGUCCAGAUGGUUCUUUAAUUGGUCCUGGUGCUAAACCAGGUACUAUCCCAUCUGAUUUAGACCAAGCCACCGGUUUAGAAAGAUUAGAAGUUUUAGGUAAAAGAGAAGGUGUAGAUGUUUUCGACUUAGAAAACCCAAUUUCUGAAGGUAGUGGUAGUCCACAAGAUCCUUACUUAGUUCCUACUUAUGUCGGUUACAGAUAUGUUGGUUGUAAAGGUAAGGAAGGUCACAAUCACAAACCUUACUGGAUGAAAGUUGAAGAUGGUCACUUAGCUAGAUGUUGGCAAUGUGGUAAUUCUUUUACUGCUAAGUACUUGGGUGAACCAGGUAUGUCUCAUCAUUAAAAGAAUUACUUAUUCAUUUUAUGCCGUUUCUUUAUAUUCCUUAUUCAUCUAAUUCAUGCACAUUUACUUCCAAUCAAUAAUUUAGUUUUAUAAAUUCAUUCUUGGUAGUAAUUCUAAGUUUUCUAUUCACUAUCAUGCACUUUAUUAUCUUUAUAUAACAUUUUUAUGUUCAUUUGACUUUUCCAUAGUUUUUAGCUCAGAAUCUAAUGUCUAAAUAUUAAUUUGCAAAAUUGCACAAUAUUAACUCUUUUACUUAUUCCUUGUAUAUUUGAUUAUAUUAUCACUAUAUAAUUGUUAUAUAUUUAGCAGCAAAUCAAUAUAUUCAUUCCUAUAUAA